AUGCCUUCGGAAACACAGGGUGUUGAGCUUCGAGGCGUAGCCCAAGAUCCAGCGACAACUAACGAUGAUACCUUCGCCCAGUCCUUGCCCCCCGCAGAUAAAGGCCCGCUUGCCUGGAAGUUUCUGUUUGGCUCUUUUGUAGUCGAGGCUGUCUUAUGGGGAUUCCCGCUGUCAUACGGCGUGUUCCAGGAUUACUACACCAAACACCCAAGUUUUCAGCAAGACUCCAAUAUCGCCGUGAUCGGAACCGUAGCGACAAGUGUCUACUUCCUCGGCGGCCCGAUAGCGACACCUCUGGUGGCGCGCUUUCAGGUGUGGCAGCGACACAUGAUUGUCGUCGGCUGGCUGGGCUGCUGCGUCUCACUCGCUGUCGCAUCGUUCAUGUCAUCAGUGCCCGGCUUGAUUGCCACGCAGGGUGUCCUCUACGGCUUCGCGUUUACCCUGUUGUACUACCCCGUCCUCCGUAUGCUGAAUGAGUGGUUUGUCCAGCGACGCGGGUUUGCCUUCGGUAUCAUGUCGACUGGCGCUGGCUGCAGCGGCGUUGGUUUGCCCUUUCUUCUGGAGUGGCUGCUGGCGAAGUACGGUUAUCAGACGACGCUGCGGGCAAUGGCUGUCGUCCAAUUUGCUACUAUUUUUCCGGUUAUACCGCUUCUUAAGGGGCGCUUGCCGGUCUCCAGGCAAGGCACGCUUCGCAAAGACGACUUUACAUUCUUCAAGAAACCGCUCUUUUACUGUUUCGCCCUCGUCAACCUCCUCGAGGCUCUGGGCUACUACAUCCCAUCCCUCUACCUGCCGACAUAUGCAACUUCCUUAGGCCUCUCUGGGACAACGGGCGCAUUAAUCCUCGCCGCGAACAAUCUCGCCAUGAUAUUCGGCCAGCUAGCCCUCGGCUACGUCUCGGACCGGGUCAAGAACGUGCUCACCCUGGUAUUCGUGUCCUCCUUCUCGGCUGCCGUGGCCAGCUUCACGAUCUGGGGCUAUGGCUCGUCGCUGGCAUCGCUUAUGGUCUUUUCGAUUAUUUUCGGGCUGGCCACGGGUGGUUUCCCGUGCUUGUGGCAGCGGUUCGGAUCCGUCUUGUCUGAUGAUCCCGGGCCGGUCUACGCGUUGAUGGCUUUUGGGAAAGGGCUCGGGAACAUUCUCAUCGGUCCCAUCUCUGCGGCGCUCAUGGCGGGGAGGGUGAAUAAGAGCGAAUAUGGGCUUGGUCACCUCCAACCGUUGAUCAUCUUUCUUGGGUCGACGAUGUUGUGUUCGUCGCUGGGAGCUUUGGUCUGGCCGCUGUGUCGCAGAGGCGAUGGACGUUAA